UUCGUCUGCGCAAGAGAGGCGGUUAAAAGGGGGGGGUGCCUUCGCCAGGAGCCGUUUGCGCCCUGCGCCCAACAAUCCAGCGUGUGACACAGCGGGACAAUUCACCGCAGGUACCCAGGCACUAAUCAAAGCCCAGAAUUUAUUUGACUUAUUUAUUUGACUAAUUAUGCCACGAUUUGCGUAGCAUAACACUUUCUACUCGGCUAAAGUGCUUUUCUGACCCUCUGAGUUUUUGCAACGUUAUGAUGGGGACUUGUCCUCCUUUGCCAUGGCCCACAUUCUAUCUGCAUCCAGUACCUUCUUUUUACUUAUAAGGAUGAGAAUCUCCUCGUGGGCUCAGUGUAUGGAGGCCAGCCUAAUGCUGCUGGGUGUGCUGACCCUCUCAGUAUCUCUGGGAAACAUCUCUUCCAGAGGACAGGAAGAGGGAGUGGCAUCCAACAGCUUGGAGGAUGAGGUGGAGGUGACAACUUACUGGUGGGGCGAGUGGGCCAAGUGGACAGCCUGCACACGUACUUGUGGAGGAGGGGUUAUGUUCCAGGAGAGGCACUGUCUUAAACAGAGGAAGAAAUCUGUUGCUGGGAAGGAAAAUAUGACUUGCAGCGGCACAGCAAAGAAAUACCACCUGUGUAACACUAAGGACUGCCCAUCCACUGGCCGAAGUUUCAGAGAGGAGCAGUGUUGGUCCUUCAACUCGCAGCUUUACAACGGCAGAAGCUAUCACUGGAAACCUCUCUAUCCCGACGACUACGUCCAUAUCUCCAGCAACCCCUGUGACCUGCACUGCACCACACCUGACAGCCAGAGGCAGCUGAUGGCUCCUGCCCGUGACGGCACGUCGUGCAAGUACAGCAACUACAGAGGUGUCUGCGUCAACGGCAGGUGUGAGCCUAUUGGCUGUGAUGGUGUUCUCUUCUCACCCCAUACCCUGGACAAGUGUGGCGUGUGCCAGGGCAACGGCAGCAGCUGCAGCCGAAUUACUGGAAACUUCCGGCGGGGUGCCUCCAGUUUGGGUUACUCCUUCAUCACACAAAUCCCCGAAGGCUCUUGGGAUAUCCAAAUCAUAGAGAGAAAGAAGUCUGCUGACGUUUUGGCUGUCACAGACCAGGCCGGAAAUUUCUUCUUCAAUGGUGCCUACAAAGUGGACAGUCCACAGAACUUCCAGGCUGCCGGGACAAUCUUCAAGUACCGUCGUCCCAUGGAUGUGUACGAGACGGGGAUCGAGUACGUCGUGGCCAAGGGGCCCAUCAAUCAGCCCAUCAACAUCCUGGUGUGGAAUCAGAAUGGCCGGACCCCCUACAUCACCUAUGAGUACACGGUGCUACGGGAUCCCCUCUCUUCUGCCCCUCUGGCUCAACAACGUUCUGAGCCGGCAGAGGACAGAGGGGGUGGAGAUACCUCUCCAGCUGUGGGGCGACUGGCAGUCAAUGGAGUGGAGCAGAACACGAGUGCAGCCGAGAUCGAACAGACAUCCGACAUAGAAGCAGCAAGAGAGCACAAGGGUCAGGAGACCAACGAGGUGUACAAAGGAAUAAGCUCUGUGAACUGUGCACAGGAUGGCCUGACCCCGUGCCAAUACACAGAAAGGAAUGACUCCAGGUCGGCUGGUGCGACUGGGCCUGUAUUCCCUGCUGGCCACGGCCCUUCUGAGGAUGUGCCAGAAACCGAUAACCUCAUAUGGAGCGUACUGCUGGGGAAAGGCAUUGGCUCAGACGAGCUGUUUGUCAACCUUUCAACCAAUCAACUGUUGUCCCAGGGAGAGGGACUGUACUCUUCAGAGAACGAGCCUUUAGAUCUAGACUAUAUAAGUCUAUCCCAUGGCAACGUCAAUGCCAGCGAUGGCUCUCUGCAGGAGCUCAGCAUCGGUCGCCGUCGAAACGACACUGGGGACUUCCUGUUUCACAACCGGACAGCUCUUCCAGGCCUCAAAGGUGGCGCUCGGACUAACCGUACCAGAAAUCACCAGAAGCCCCCGAACAAGAACCUGAGGCUGAGCGCGGCGGACAUGUACCGCUGGAAGCUGUCCUCGCAGGAGCCCUGCAGCAUGACCUGCUCCAUAGGUGUGGCCAAGUCGUUCGCCAUGUGUGUGCGCUAUGAUGGCGUGGAGGUGGAUGACACAUAUUGUGAUGCCCUGACCCGGCCCGAACCUGUUCACGACUUCUGUAUCGGGAGAGAGUGUCAGCCCAGGUGGGAGGCAAGCAGCUGGAGUGAGUGCUCUCGCACCUGUGGGGAAGGCUUCCAGUUCCGGAUGGUUCGCUGCUGGAAGAUGCUGUCCCCGGGGCUGGACAGCUCUGUGUACAGUGACCUCUGCACCCUCGCAGAGCUGGAGCGCCCCCUUGAGCGUCGGCCCUGUAAGAGUCCCACGUGUGGCCCCCAGUGGGAAGUGGCAGAGUGGUCUGAGUGUCCAGCAAAUUGUGGCAGCACGAGUCAGGUGAUGAGGGAAGUGAGGUGCUCGGAUGAGAAGAAGACAUGUGACUUGUCCAGCCGCCCGCCAUCAUCCAAGAACUGCACGGGUCCGCCAUGUGAGCGCCAGUGGAGCGUGUCUGAGUGGGGGCCUUGCUCCGGCUCAUGCGGCCAGGGGACCAUGGCGCGCUACGUGUACUGCAAGACCCCGGAUGGAAGGGUGGUGCCGGAGUCCCAGUGUGACCCUGAGAAGAAGCCGCUGGCCAUCCACCCCUGUGGAGAGAGGGAAUGCCCCCCACACUGGCUGGCACAAGACUGGGAGAGGUGCAACACCACGUGCGGCCGUGGUCAGAAGCACCGGAUCGUUCUCUGUGUGGGAAUCACUGGGGGAAAGUUCCAGACCUACUCGGAUGAUGAAUGUGAGGCUGACAAACGGCCCCCGGAUGAAAGCACCUGCUUCGAGAGGCCUUGCUUUAAGUGGUACACCACGCCGUGGUCCGAGUGCACCAAGACCUGUGGAGUGGGCGUGCGCAUGAGGGACGUCAAGUGCUACCAGGGGAGGGAGCUCGUCCGAGGCUGCGACCCCCUGACCAAGCCGGUGGCUAAGCAGACCUGUGCCCUGCAGCCCUGCCCAACGGCACCUCCAGAUGAGAACUGCCAAGACCGGCCCACCACCAACUGCACCCUGGCUCUGAAGGUAAACCUGUGCAGCCACUGGUACUACAGCAAGGCCUGCUGCCACUCCUGCAGGGCCACUCGCUCCUCCUAGCCCCAGCUGGGUCAUGCUGACCUUCCAAGAUGUGCCCUGGGACAAAGAGCGCCCCCCCCCAUUUGAUGUCGGGGGGGGCACAAGCACUGGACUAUGGCAGGUUCUUCCCUCACCUAGAAUUUAAUGCCUCAAAUGUAUAAAAAACCAACCCCAAGACCGCUGUAUCUGCAGUCCUCUUGUCCUACGGUGCCUCUGAAAUAGUCUAUGAACGUCAGUGUUCCUUAAC